UCAACUUAUAAAUAUUUAUGUUAAUCCAAUCGUUAAAUUAAUAACAAAGGUGUUUGAUUUCUCAUCUUUUGAGCAUUUUGAAGUUCAUGAUCGAGAAGCAUUCAUGAUAUUCAUUCUUAACUUUUGUGAUUGCAAACAAGUAUGUGUACUAGUAAUUAACUUUCUAAUAGAAGAACUUCAACAAUUAAUUACUUCGAGAAAUACCAAUGAGAAGAGGAAAAAUGAUUAUUCUCUUUCAGAUAAAAUUAAAGAAUCUCUUUUAUUACAAAGUUUAGAAAUAACGAUCAAGAAGUAUUAUACAAUGAAAUUAAUUAAUUCUGGAAAAAGUAAAUUAUCGAUUCCUCAUCCAGUUAACCAAUGGCAAAAACAGUUUAGAUUUUUUCUCCCAUCAAAUGAAGAAAGCCUUCUUGAAGAUGAUUAUACUUUGAUUUGGAUGAAUAAUCUUACAAAUUUGAUGAAAAUAGAGUUUAAUAAUUCUUCUAAUAGUGUAGAAUAUAUAGAUGAAUUGAUAAAUAUUUUAUCAGGCUUAGUAAAGUGAAAAUAUCAAGUUUUGGAGUUUUUUAAAAAUCUCAGUUGGCUAGAUCAUGCUCUGGUAUACCGAUAUAACAAUGUCAGUAUCAAAAGAAUAACUGAUAAUGAUGAAGCAAGAUGAUGUUAGUUGUAUCAAUGAAAAUACCAUGUCAGAAGUGAACAUCUGUUUCUCUUCUUUGGAGUAAUUCUCAGUCGCAACGUCAACACGAGUUGUAUCUUAUUAUAAUACGGCAUCAGUUGUGAUAACAACCCCGGUGACACUUGAAAGUUUAACCGUUAAUUUACAUCUGGUGUUGACAAAAAGUGGAGCCUCAAUCCUUUUAACUCUAACAAUUUUAUAAUAAAUGAAAUUUAUUAAUAAUUAAAAAAUAGUUGUUUUUUCCAUUUACACCAUGAAAUAAUUGAGAAUAAUUAUAAUUAAUAUAUAUCAACAAUAAUAAAUUAUUUUUAUUUAUAAGUUAAAAUUUUUCAUUAGUAAAAUGUAUCGACCCUCAUUGACGUUGAUAAUCUCUGGUUUAUUUGUUGCAUGUAUUAUUCAUUCAAUAUAUAAUAUAUCAUUAUUAUUUACUGCUCCAUCAUGUGAAAUUGGUGAACGUUGUUUAUAUUCGUAUCUUGAACAUAAUCCCAAAUUACAGCUACAUCUUUUUAUUUCUCCUACAAGUAAACCAGUCUCUAGUGAAGUUUCAUCAAUUUAUUCAACAUUAAAUUUUAAUUAUACGAUUCCACAGACAAUACCUUUGAAGAUAGAUAUUCCCGCAAAAACUCGUCAAAAUGGAACAUUGUUUCUACAUAUUAUCGUUUUACCAAAUAGUCCAGAUAUGAGUAAUACAUUUAAUGAAUUAUUAAGGAAUCCAUACACAGUUUAUACACGGGUUAAAAUGACGCAAUUUGCUGUUCCUGAAGCAGAAACUUUUAAUCUUCUGGGUGAAAAAAAAACUUCAGAAACUUCAUCAACAAAGCGAGCACUCUUUCAACCAAUUACUCACUUAAGAACUCAAAUUACCUUUACAAUAGUUACUGAUACAAAAGAAAUACCAGUUAAAAAUAUUCCAAUGGAAAUAAUCCCAGUACUAAGACUUCAUGACGAACGUGUAUUUCUUCCAAUUGUUAAUUAUGAUUUCCUUCAAACUCGUUACAAAAGUCUUGCAAAAAUAACAAGUGAAAAUCAUUCUAUGGAUGUGCAAAUAAUGUAUACACCAAUUUCUAUGGGAAAAUUACGAUUAAUGUUACAUGUAAAAUCAGCCAUGGAAGGAUUAAAGUAUAUGGGAUUUACUGAUAAAGAUGUCGAUGAAGUUAAGGGUAUUUAUGCUGAUACAAAUGCUUAUCUAUUAGCUGGUACAGUCUUUAUUGCUUCAAUGCACAUUUUAUUUGACUUCUUAGCAUUCAAAAGUGACAUUAAUUUUUGGAGAAGUAAAGGCAGCUUUGAAGGUUUAAGUGUUUCUACAAUUGUUUGGAGGGCAUUUAGUCAAGCUAUUAUAUUUUUAUAUCUUCUUGACGAAGGUUCUUCCUUACUCAUAAUAAUCCCUGCUGGUAUUGGAACACUAAUUGAGUUAUGGAAAACAAAAAAAGUACUGCGAUUGGAAAUAACGAGAAGUAAAGGAGUAAUACCAAGGAUUAGAAUACAAAAAAAUAAUAAAAACCGUGAAAUGGAAUCAAAAACACGUCAGUUUGAUGCAGAGAGCAUGAAAUAUUUAACUUAUUUACUAUAUCCUCUUGUUAUUUGUGGUGCUAUUUACUCAUUGCUAUAUCGACCACACAAAAGUUGGUACUCAUGGAGUAUAAAUUCACUAGUUAAUGGCGUUUAUGCAUUUGGCUUCCUCUUCAUGUUACCUCAAUUAUUUGUUAACUAUAAACUGAAAUCAGUAGCUCAUCUUCCAUGGAAAGCAUUUAUGUACAAAGCAUUUAAUACAUUUAUUGAUGAUGUGUUUGCAUUUAUAAUAACAAUGCCUGUAGCUCAUAGAGUUGCGUGUUUCCGAGAUGACAUUGUUUUUCUUAUCUAUUUAUAUCAACGAUGGUUGUAUCCUGUUGAUAAAAGUCGUAAGGAUACAAUGACAAUCUCAGAAGAUAUGAGUUCAACUAUUGAAGAAAACACGACUGAUAAAAAGGAAAAUUAAUAGGCAAAAUUAAUAAGAAAAUAUUAAUAGAAUUUUUAAAAUAGGAUAAUAAUUCAUAUUUAUCAAUUUUAAUAUUUACACUGAAAGAUUUUUUUAAUGAUAUACAAUUUAUGUUAUUUCUCUGUUAAACAACUGUAGUUUGAUCAAGCUCACCUUGUGGCACGAUUGUUGUGGAAACUGGCCUUUCAGAAAGACAACGAAUUUGUAAUUGCAUUGUUGAUGUAACUUUUGUUAGAAGAGCUUGAAUUUUUAAAGCGUCAGACUCACCAUGACGUGGUAAAGGAAUCGCAUCUAAAGCUUCCUCGAAGAAGUUUCUAUUUGAAAUGAAUAAAUAAAACCAAUUAGAAAAGUUUUUCAAUAAAUUAAAAAAAAAA